UUUAUUAUGCAUCGUUAAUCUUCAUGUGGCAUGCCAAUUUCGCAUAUUACAACAUAGGCUGAGAAGUAUAGAUAACGCGACGAAGGAUCAGAUAGAAGAAUACGAAUCGGAUGCAAAAUUAUCGUAUUAUUCAAAUAUGUGUUACACAAAAUUAAAAAAUUGCGUACAACAGCAUCAAAUGCUUAUUGAAUAUUGCAAAAAAUUGGAAAAUAUAUUUACGUUGAUCGUGCUUGCCCAGGUAAUGUUUCUUGCCAUGGUAAUAUGCCUCGUGGGAUUUCAACUACUCCUGGUGGACACACCUACCUCAAAAAAGGCCAGUUUAGUAUUGAAUUUGUGUGGCGUUCUGUGUCAACUAUUAAUGUUCACGUAUAGUUGCGAUGAUUUGAUGCGACAAAGUGUCAAUGUCGGCAACGCUUCAUUCUCAGGACCAUGGCCAAUCCUUCCAAUGAACGAAGCUGGUGCCACUGUGCGAAAAAAUUUGCUAAUUAUCAUCAUGCGAUCGCACAAGAUUUGCUGUAUAACAGCAGGAAAAUUUUUUCCUGUUUCUCUGCAGACGUUUACCGGGGUUCUCAGUACGGCAAUGUCAUAUUUCACUUUGCUAAGGAAUACAUCUCUGGAUGCAACAAAUUCAUAA